AUGGAGUCGUCAGAUGACGAGCAUGCCAUGGAGAGUGAUACUGUGACUAAAAGUGAUCUGAUCAGCGAGCUGCCUGAAGACAUCCUCCAGAAAAUCCUGUCAUGCGUGUGGAUUAGAACUGUUGUGCGCAUGCGCAGGGUGUCUAGGAAGUGGAUGGAACUGUGUGAAAGCCUGCAGUUCAUACGCCUUGAUUACAGAGAUUUCGAACAUUGGAAGGUCGAGAAGUUUACUCAUUUCGUUAACAACCUAUUGCUUGUCCGUCGGAAAGUAGACUUGCACACAUUCCAGCUGCAUUGGAAUCCUCAUGGUCCCCUGAACUGCAAUGAUGUCAGAAUGUGGAUUGGCUAUGCGGUGAAGCAUAAUGUUAAAGUGCUUGACGUGAAACUUUGUCUAUAUGAUAAGACUGUUUUACCUCCUGCCAUUUUCACCUGCCGCUCGCUUCAGGAGCUAAAUUUGCAGUGGGGUAAUGCUCCCUACCGAGAUUAUGACCACACGGGACUUGUACUGCCUGACAUAAUCAAUCUUCCUUCUCUCAAGAAACUUACUCUGCGCGACGUGGAAGUGGAUGAGCUUUCUCUGAACAGAUUCAUUGCCCGGAGCCCUGGCCUAGAAGACUUGAAUUUGAUAGACUCUGCGAUGCGUCUUGAUCUCAUAGCCUCAAAAGCAUUAAAAAGGCUAACCCUUGAUGGCUUCCUAGGUGAGUGCGAUGGAUUCACAAUUGCUGCCCCUCAUCUCAUUAGCUUUGAGUGCACGGGAUGUUCACUGGAAGCUAUUUCCUGGAGAGACCAACCAUCUCUAGAGAGCGCACGCAUAGAUACUUGUGGGUAUACAUUUGAUUGUGAAUCAAAGUUCACUGGAGUUCUUAAGUAUGCCAAGAAGCUUGCAUUAUUUGGUUCUGACAUAAAGGUUAUGUUGGAAAAGGAGCUGCCAACAUGUUCAGCGUUUGAAAACCUCACAACUCUUGAGAUUGGCGAAUGGUAUUUAACUGAGGACUUGUUCGUUGUGCUUCGCUUCCUCCAGCUUUCACCGAGGCUAGAAGAACUCACUUUGAUGAAUAGGCCGCUUGAUGAAGGAGCGGAAAUAGAUUGCAUGCCAAUUGACGGGAUGACCUUCCGGUGUCCACUCCUUGAAAGUGUUGUCAUACAAUGUUCAGAGGGUGAUGGAAGAAUUGAUAAGCUGCUAAGUGUUCUGGUAGUCAAUGGGAUUAGUCCAGACAAUAUAAAUAUUGCCUUCUAUGAUGAAAUUGAAAAGCGGGACCGUGCGGAGAGGAUACGUGCCGACGAGGAACGGUCGAAGGAGCUGCGCAUCUUCGAGAAGAGGGUGAGGAGAAAUCCAGAAUGGAGAGAGUAUGAUCCUUACGCAAUGAGUGAGUCUGACAGCAAGCAGAGUGAUGAUGGGUUCAGCGAUGCAUCUGAUGACCCUGAUGACUACUGA